AUGAACCACAGUGCCAUGCAGAUGGAGCACAGUCACCAGGACCACGCCCACCACGUUCACCCGACGAUGGGUACUCCGGCGCACACCCACGGGGGUGGGCAGGACCACGGUGGAGGUGGACACGAGGGACAUGGAGGCAUGGCCAUGACCUUCAACUUGGACUACCAGAACGUGCCACUGCUCUUCAGCGGACUGAUCAUCAAUUCCCCCGGAGAAAUGGCAGGCGCCUGCCUGGGCGUCUUCCUCCUCGCUGUCCUGUAUGAGGGUAUGAAGAUGGGCCGGGAGGCGCUGCUGCGUCGCAGUCAGGUCAACGUGCGCUACAACUGCAUGCCGCUGCCGGGCAGCGACGGCACCGUACUGAUGGAGACUCACAAGACCGUCGGGCAAAGGAUGCUGAGCCACGCCCACUUCCUUCAGACGCUGCUGCACGUCAUCCAGGUGGUGGUCAGCUACCUACUGAUGUUGAUCUUCAUGACGUACAACGUGUUCCUGUGUGCGGCGGUGGCGGCGGGCGCCGGGGCCGGCUACUUCCUGUUUGGCUGGCGCAAGGCGGUGGUGGUGGACGUCACGGAGCACUGCCAUUAA